UACAGGAGACCAGUAGAGCAGACCAGUAGAGCAGACCAGUAGAGGAGACCAGUAGAGCAGACCAGUAGAGGAGACCAGUAGAGGAGACCAGUAGAGCAGACCAGUACAGGAGACCAGUACAGCGCAUAAGCUAAACUCAGGUGGUGUGCGGCAAACCGGAUUAGUGACGCGGUAAACUGGGUUCUGACGUAGAGGGUUCUUAAAACGGCAGAAGCGUCGCGUGUGCUGCUCGCGCACGCUCGAGGUGAGGGAGAGAGCAGCUCGUGCCGACUUCAGACAACAAGCCCUCCUCAUCAUCCUCCUCUUCCUCCUCCUCCUCCUCCUCCUCCUCAGGACCGGAGCAUGACUUCUCGCACACACCGCUGCGACUGAACCGGACGGGCGGAAACAUGGCUUCGUAUCUGCAGAUUGCUGAUGAUGAGAAAGGCUACGAGCUGGACCUGUUCUGUGUCCCCAGGCAUUACGAGAACGAUCUGGAAAGGGUGAUCAUCCCGCAUGGACUCAUCAUGGACAGGACAGAGCGUCUGGCCCGCGAUAUAAUGCGGGACAUGGGGGGCCACCACAUCGUGGCUCUGUGUGUGCUAAAGGGAGGCUACAAAUUCUUCGCAGACCUCCUGGACUACAUUAAAGCACUGAACCAGAACAGCGAUCAAUCAGUCCCCCUGACAGUGGAUUUCAUUAGGGUGAAGAGCUACUGUAACGACAAGUCAACAAACAGCGUCAAAGUCAUAGGAGGGGACGAGCUGUCCAGUCUCUCAGGCAAGAAUGUUUUGAUUGUGGAGGAUAUUGUGGAGACGGGGAGGACGAUGCAGACGCUACUCUCCCUGCUGAGUGAAUGCAAACCCAAGAUGGUUAAAGUUGUGAGCCUUCUGGUGAAGCGGACCCCGAGGAGUUCAGGGUACAGACCGGACUACAUUGGUUUUGAGGUGCCAGAUGCCUUUCUGGUGGGCUACGCUUUGGACUACAAUGAGUACUUCAGAGACCUCAGUCACAUCUGUAUACUGAAUGAUCAAGCCAAGGAGAAGUACAAAGUAUGAGCAGAUGAGGUGCUGCCGAGGCGAUUACUGAAAUCAAGACUAGGACCACUGUGAUGCCCCUCCUUAACUUUGCUGUGUUUUGAAUCUUAUUUAUUUUUCUACAUAUAAAACCCACAAAAUGUGACUUGUGGAUUGUGAAUAACUUAAAGAACCCUUCAUUUCUCCUCUAUCGAAUACAUGGGAUCAAUUAUGUUUUAAGAAUAUUUUGGUUGUUAAAUUUGAAAUUAUUUAUUUCGCUUUUGUGUUUACUUUACCGGUAAAUUGCAGUUUUAUCUUGGAGAUAGACGAUAAAACGUCAUUCAUUAGUUAAAAAUCCCACUUUUCCGGCUACUGUACUGCUUUCUGUUCGGUGUGCUGUCUGUCAACCUAAGGAUCCUUCAGUUACUGUGUUUGUUUCAACUUAGAAUGCAUACCUUCUCAUCAUGCCAUUGAUGUAGCAUUAUGCCAUACAAUUAUUGACUUGGAAUGUACUGUAUGUUUUUAUGUCAUAUCUGACGUUAUCAUGGAUGACUUGUAUACAGCAAUAUAAAUAUCAUUCAAUCUCUGAAUCCUGUUGGGGUUUUU